AUGAUCAAGCAAGACACUUUAUUCUUACCUUAUUUUCCUCCCAACAUAAACCCUAAUCAAGAAACGAUGUCGUUUGGUGAACCAGACCCAAAUUCAAGCUCUGAUCAUAUAUCAGAUUGGUUAGAAGAUUCAAUAUCGUAUCUUCCAUCGUUCUUGGAUGACCCAUAUGAUUCCAACAAUCUCAUUGACGAUGCUUGGUGGGUACCUGUUCAAGAACUUGAACAACAACUCUUUAGUGGGCCCGGGCCCACAAGUAGUAGCAUUCUUACUUCAAACUCUGACACUAGUACUACAACAACGGCGACACCCGCCAUUGUUUCCGAUCAAGAAAACCAGUUGAGGUCUGAUUUAUCCAAGAAACGGAAAGCGCCGGAGGAAUUGAGGACUACCGUGCAAGUUAAGAAGCCGGUAAACAAGAGGGGAAACGGGAAAACGACAAAAGAUGGUGGUAAUGUUAAGAAUAAAGACGGGAGGUGGGCGGAGCAGUUGCUUAACCCCUGUGCCGCUGCAAUCACCGCCGGAAACGUGACACGUGUCCGGCACCUCCUGUUCGUCCUCCGUGAACUGGCGUCGCUGACCGGAGAUGCUAACUACAGACUCGCGGCUCAUGGACUUCAAGCCUUAACCCAUCAUCUCUCUUCUGCCAACAAUCGCCCUGUUAAGGUGGCAGUGCCGCCUGUUAAUUUCUCCACAUCGAAACCGAGAUUCUUUCAGCUAUCUCUGAUUAAUUUCAACGAUAUCAAUCCUUGGUUCACAAUACCGAAUAACAUCGCGAAUAACUCCAUACUUCAGGUCUUAUCGGAGUGCGACCAUGGCUCCGGUAACCUCCAUAUUCUUGAUAUCGGAGUCUCUCAUGGAGUUCAAUGGCCGACGUUGCUAGAAGCUUUGAGUCGCCGGCCAGGUGGGCCGCCGCCAUUGGUUCGACUCACGGUGGUGCCCCCAACUCCCGAUGACCAUCAAAUUCCUUUUGCAAACAGCCCACCUGGUUACAAUUUCAUCUCAAACAUUCUCCGUUUUGCGAACGAAUACAAAAUUAACCUACACAUCAACCGAAUUGACAAUUGCCCACUACAAAAUCUAAACGCCAACAUCAUCAAAUCAUCCCCAAAUGAAACCCUAAUUGUCUGCACCCAAUUUAGACUUCACAAUGUAAACCACAACAAUCCAGAUAACAGAACAGAGUUUUUGAAACAGAUUCGAAGUUUGGAGCCUAAAGGAGUGAUUUUAAGCGACAACAACAUGGAUUGCAGUUGCAAAAGUUGCAACAACUUCGAGAUAGGAUUUGCGAAGAGGGUUGAUUACUUAUGGAGCUUUUUGGAUUCAACAAGUGUGGCGUUUAAAGGGAGAGAAACAGAAGAAAGAAAACUGAUGGAAGGAGAGGCUUCAAAGGCGUUGAUUAACGUUUGUGAAAUGAAUGAAAGAAAAGAGAAGUGGGGAGAGAGGAUGAGAGGUGUAGGGUUUGUAGGGGAUGUUUUUAGGGAAGAUGUUAUGGAUGGAGCUCGAUCUUUGUUGAGGAAGUAUGAUAAUAACUGGGAACUGAGAACUGAUGAGAGUGAUACAUGUGUGGGGUUAUGGUGGAAAGGUCAACCUGUUUCGUUUUGUUCUCUAUGGAAAUUAGAUGUAAACACUAGUGAUAACUAG